UUCUAACCUUCAAAAGCCAGAUGGACGAAAAAAUUUUGGUUUAAAUAUGUUAUAAGUAUAAAAAUAAAUAACAAAAAUGGCUUUUUGGUUUCCAAGUUUACUUAAAUUUUCACAAAAUUUACUUCGUAGAGGGUCUGAAUUACCACAAAACUUGCGGCGUUGCCAGUUAAGUUAUGGAGCUGGCGAUCAGUGCUGUGACGGUGGUGACAAAGGUGGUAGCUCAGGAGGUGGAUCUUCUUGUGAAGAGAGUCUAAAGACGACCAUUCACAAUAAAUUCGAUGUACCUGAGUAUAUAUGUGAGGACAUAUUUCGGAAAUUUGAGUGUAAGGACGAAAUACUGGGACCUGGCGCUGGUAAAUGUGACUGUUACAAGAAUGCUGAGUACUUUGGAUAUCAUCGCUUUUCCUACGCAGCAUUGUUGGUUACUAGCUUGGAUAUUCGUAAACGGUUGGGUAAGGAUGAUGGUGUUAAAUGUGUCUACAAUGAAAAGGAUGACUAAGCGAAGUUAAAGUAAAUGUUAUACUCAAUCUCUCUCUCUCUCUUAUCUCUCUCGCUCUUUUUGUUAACAUUUACUAAAGGCUGAUGUAGACGCUGCGAAUAUCAACUCAAGUUAUGCAACUUUUUUAAAUUUAAUAUUGUUUAUUUAGUUCUUAAUGUCUGUCAGGUUUGAUUUUUGAAAUUUUUUAAUAGUAAAGAACAUUUAAUGAAUCCAUAAAGCCAAA